GCUAGAUGCUGGCCCAAUCAUGAGUCGGCGGCGAGGAUAUUCCGCCCCUUCGUGCGCAGGCGCGACGCCGUUCAUCAUAUAUAAGUACGACGCUCGCGACCGGCCUCGUCGCUCUUUUCCUUCCCUUCUUUCCGCUGGUCAUUCGUUCACUCCCCCUUUCGCUCUUUCGCUGGUAUGAAGUCCGUUUUCUCACUCCUCGCGCUCGCCCCAGUGGCGUUCGCCGCCUUCGGCGUCCAGACCUCCGGCUCGGACAUGGUCGUCGACUCGGGCGACAAGCUUGUAUUCACGGUCAACACCAAGAGUGGUGACAUAACCUCCAUCAAGUACUCCGGCACCGAGCUGCAGGACAAGAGCAAGUUCACGCAGCUGAGCUCCGGCCUGGGCUCAGCCGACGUGAGCUCGACCGCCGACAACGGGGUCGCCGUCGUUACCAUCAGCACGGAUACCAUCAACCACUAUUACAUCGUGAAGGAAGGCGAGAACACGAUCUACAUCGGUACGAACGCUUCGAAGGAGCCCGAUGUUGGCGAACUCCGCUUUAUUGCGCGCUUGAACAAGAGCGCCCUUCCGAACGGCAUUCCGGAGUCGGAUGUGGAUGGUGGCGAAGCAAUCGAGGGCUCCGACGUCUUCAAGAUUGACGGCGAGACGAGGUCCAAGUUCUACUCCAGUGUGCGCCACAUCGAAGACAAUGUUCACGGUGUUUCUGGCGACGGCGUGGGCGUCUAUAUGAUCAUCCCGCCCACCAGCUACGAGAAGUCCUCUGGUGGUCCCUUCCACAGAGACAUCAACAACCAGGGCACCUCUCAGCAGGAGCUCUACUGGUACAUGAACAGCAACCACGAGCAGACGGAGGCGUAUAGGACUGGGUUUUUCGGCCCAUACGCCAUGGCAAUCACUUCUGGUGAUGCGCCGUCCGCGGAUAUAGACCUGAGCUUCAUAGAAGAUCUUGGUCUGAAGGGCUACGUGGCGUCCUCUGACCGCGGCAGCGUCUCUGGCACGUACAGUGGCACUGCUGACGGUCUUGACGUCACUAUUGGCUUCAAGGUGCGGCGCACUGGGCAUUUGUCUGGGUCUCUUACUCACUUUGGUUUUCAGAACGACGACGCGCAGUACUGGGUCUCUGGCUCUGGCGGCAAGUUCUCGCGCGACUCCAUCAUCCCGGGGACCUACAAUGCGACCUUGUUUCAAGGCGAGCUCGAAGUCGGUACGGGCUCGGUCACCGUCGCCGCCGGGAAGUCAGCCGACCUGAAGCUCGAGUCUACUCUCGAUGCCCCGGGGACCGUCUGGAGCAUCGGUACCCUUGACGGCACUCCCGCUGGCUUCCUCAACGCCGACAAGAUCGAGAAGAUGCACCCCUCCGACUCGCGCAUGGCCUCCUGGGGCCCGGUCACCUUCACCGUCGGCACUGACGACGCGAGCGCGUUCCCGAUGGCGCAAUUCAAGGCCGUGAAUGACCCAACGACGAUCUCGUGGAAGGCAAGCGACAGCGACAUCGGCGAGCGUACCCUCCGCAUCCGCACGACGAGCUCGUUUGCGAGCGGCCGCCCGAGUGUAAAGGUCAACGACUGGAACUCGGACUCGCCCGCGGCGCCGCCCAAGAUCGACUCGCGCGGUGUCACCCGCGGCACCUGGCGAGGCUUCAACCAAGUCUAUGACUUCGUCAUCCCCGAUGGCACGCUCGUGUCUGGCGACAACACCAUCGAGAUCUCCGUUGUUUCCGGCAGCUCAGGAGACUCUUUCCUCUCCCCCAACUUUGUCUACGACUCCGUUGAGCUCAUUUGAGUGCCCAUUGGCGAGUCCAUGGUGUUUUACCUCUAAAAGGAAGGAUACAUACCCCCUUCCUCUUCUACAUACGACUGGCUUGUUGGGACUGCACUGGCUGCUAGUAAUCCGUUUGUACUACUACUACACUCGUUUGAAAGGAACAAUGUGAAAUUUGGGAACAAUAUAUUCUUCGG